CCGGCAACCCCUUCCCGGCCAGAGUCGAGUCCUCCGGCAGCCAAAACCCCUCAAAUAGUGUCCCUCCCCCCAUCACAAUACCACUCGCCGUCCCUCAGCCGGUCUCCACUCCUAACCCCCGGCGGCAAAAACCCGAGAACCCCAAGAAUCCGAACCCCAAAUUUCAUAACUCCGUUAGGCAGCCCAUUGAGGAAAGCCAUUCGGCUCACGAGGCUCGACCCUCAAGACGCGUGGCUCCCGAUAACAGAGUCAAGAAAUGGAAACGCGUACUAUGCCGCGUACCAUACUCUUUGCUCGGGUAUCGGGAUUCAAGCACUUCUCCAUGAAUCCCCUGAAGAUGGAGUUCGAUACAGCCGAUACAUGCAGCUAGCUAGCGCGACGUUCGGGGAGAAGCUAUCGAAACUCAUAGUGGCAUUCCCGAUCAUCAACCUCUCGGCUGGCACGUGUGUGGCCUUGAUCGUGAUCGGGGGUUCGACUUCUAGAAUGUUCUACACGACCCUCUGUGGGCCGACAAGACCGUUGAGCAACGUCGAGUGGUACCUUAUCUUCACAUGCGCGGCUGUUGUGCUUUCUCAGCUGCCGAAUUUGAACUCCAUUGCCGGAGUUUCUUUGAUCGGAGCUCUCACGGCCGUUGGAUAUUGCACCGGCAUUUGGGCGGUGUCGGUGGCCCAGGGCAGCCUUCCCAAUGUCUCCUAUAAUCCCGUCACCUCGUCGCGCGCUCAGCUGUCUCAGAUUUUCGACGUCAUGAAUGCGCUCGGGAUUAUUGCUUUCGCUUUUCGAGGCCAUAAUCUCAUUCUUGAAAUUCAGGCGACAAUGCCAUCUAGUGAAAAACAUCCAUCAACUAUACCAAUGUGGAGAGGCGUCAAAGCUUCAUAUUCCAUAAUAGCGACGUGCUUAUUUCCAUUAGCUAUUGGUGGCUAUUGGGCUUAUGGUCACAUGAUUCCAGCUAAUGGCGGCAUGUUAACAGCCUUGUACGCAUUCCACAGUCGAGACAUUGGACGGCCAAUUUUAGGAUUAAUAAGUUGUUUCGUUAUAGUUAAUGCCUUAAGCUCGUUCCAAUUGUAUGGAAUGCCAAUGUUCGAUGAUAUGGAGUCCAAUUAUACGAGGCGGUUCAAGAAGCCUUGCCCGUGGUGGCUUCGGGCCAUUAUACGGGCCUUUUUCGGGUUCGUGUGCUUUUUUAUAGCCGUGGCCGUUCCAUUUCUGGGCAGCGUGGCGGGCUUGGUAGGGGGAAUUUCGUUGCCAGUGACUUUGGCGUACCCGUGCUUCAUGUGGAUUAAAAUGAAGAGGCCCAAAAAGUUUAGCCCAAUGUGGUGGGUUAAUACGUUGUUGGGCCUUCUAGGGAUGGGCUUGAGUUGUAUUUUGACUGCUGCGGGUAUAUAUGUUGUGGUUGACACGGGAGUUCAAUCUACGAACAUCCAGCUCGAGCGGAUGGUGUCCUCGUUGAGGAAAUCCGACGGAGACCAGAAGCCACGUCAUAAAUGUGCUGGAAAUGUUUUCCGGCGAACACAACCCGCUCGACCGGUGGCUUCCGAUCACGGAAUCAAGAAACGGCGGCUGCCUGGCGGCGGCGCUUCACCUGCUGAGCUCCGGGAUCGGAUAUCAGGCGCUUCUACUUCCGGUGGCUUUCGUUUCUUUGGGAUGUUUUUCCCUAACCUCAACUCUCUAGCUAUUGGGUCCGUCACGGCUGUUUUCUAUUGUUUCCUUCUGUGGAUUAUCUCUCUCGAUAAAGGAAGAGUACACGAGCAAAUGGAUGUCAAUGAUAUUAUCAUCGAUGGCUCGGGAUUUCGCAACGUUUUGACUGGGUUGGGGAUAAUAGCUCUUGCUUUCAGGGGACAUAACCUCGUGUUAGAAAUACAGGGGACAAUACCCACAAACAGGAAAAAGCCGUCAAGCAAGUCUAUGUGGAGAGGAGUAACAUUUUCAUCCCUAAUUAUUGCUAUGUGUAUGUAUCCAAUUGCAAUACUUGGACAUUGGGCUUAUGGAAAUAAGAUAUCAUCGAACUUAGGCAUCCUUACCUCAUUUGUGAAUUUCCAUCAUGAGAGCACAUCCAAGUAUCUUACGGGUGCAAUAUGCCUAGCAGCUAUAAUCCACUACAUUUGCGCCUUCCAGAUGUACUCAAUGCCUGCGCUUGACAACUUUGAGCGCAUAUAUGUAACCGAGAAGAACAAACCUUGCUCUAGGUGGGUCCGUGCAGCCAUUAAGGCCUUGUUUGGAGGAUUUACGUACUUUAUGUCUGUGGUUGUGCCUUUCUUGCCGAGUUUGGGCUUGUUUGUUGGGUCGAUGGCCUUGCCCUUGACCUUGUCCUAUCCGUGCCUAAUGUGGGUCGCCAUCAGAAAAUCGGCCCGGUUUAGUAGGAUGUGGUGCCUUAAUGCUGGGCUUGGUAUUGUAGGCAUAAUGUUUUGUGUAUUGAGUAGUGUUGGAGCUAUGUGGUCCUUGAUAGCUGAUGGAUUAGAUGCAAAUUUCUUCAAGCCCAAAUGAUACUCUCAACACAUAAUUGUACAAAAUACAUUCCCUUGAAAAAAAAUGCUAGUUGUGCUCUUCGGGCUACAAACGAGUCGAGCGGCUCAUGAGCCGUUCUCCAGUACUCGAGUCAAAGCUCAACUCGAGCUCGAGUUUGACCGAAC